GCAGAAAUGGGCAGUGUCUUUACAGCCUCUGCACACCUUUUCCACUUACUAAUUAGGGCCUGCUUCAGAGUAAGAGACUAUUCACUGCCUGGCUCUGAAAAGGGAUGCCAAUGAAACCCAGCACAAGCAUGAAGCUGCUUGAAGUUGCCCUUCUCUUCCUAGCUGCAUUCAGCACCUACGUUACAAAUGGUAUUUCUUCGACUACAACGAGUACCAACACACAGCCAACUAAAGCUACCAUUGCAGAACAUGCAAAGAGUAAUGAAAACAUUACCCCUGCUGGGUCGGCUUUAGCUGUAAACACGACAGAAGCUAAUUCAACAAAGAUCCCAGAUAAGUCGUUCUCAACUCUAGCAGGAACUAAUGGCACAAAUGACACUCGUGUGUCACCUCCAGCUCCAGCAGAAACUAAUGGCACAAAUGACACUCUUGUGUCACCUCCAACUCCAGCAGGAACUAAUGGCACAAAUGACACUCGUGUGUCACCUCCAGCUCCAGCAGGAACUAAUGGCACAAAUGACACUCUCGUGUCACCUCCAACUCCAGCAGGAACUAAUGGCACAAAUGACACUCUUGUGUCACCUCCAACACCAGUGGAAGACAAUACAAGAGCCAGGUCUCCUGGGUUGUCUACAUCACCAGUGGGAACUAAUACAGCAGACAACACAUCUGGGUCAGCUACAAUUCCGGAAAGAACAGGAACAAAUGCUACUAAUGGAACCACACAAAGUUCUGGCCACUCUGGAGGCAAGGACAAGAUAGUGGACAGCUCCCCUUUUUCUAAUGUUAUUUUGCCAGUCGUGAUUGCCUUAAUAGUAAUAACGUUGUCUGUAUUCAUUCUGGUGGCCUUGUGCAAAAUGUGCCGGAAGACAACCCCAGAGAGGCAAGAGAAUGGAACCGAACAAGCCCCAUCAGAUAAAGAGGGUGUCAAACUUCUUUCUGUGAAGACAGCUUCUGAGACUGGAGAGCAGUCCUCUCGGGAAGAAUAACACCCAACAACAUGAUGAAUCUUCUUCACACCUGGGCAAUAAAUAUGUCUAAAGCUAUCUGGUUUACUGCAUAAGUUGCAGUUCCCACUGGAAGCAAAUGGACCAACUGCAGCUUCUAAGACAGGAAGGACAAUUAUGUUCUUUGUUUUUUUGGCUAGCUCUUAAUUUCUGUGCUUUAAAAUGUUUCUUGUUUUCUUUUGGAAAGACUCGUGUUUUUUUUAAUGGUCUCAUAACUGGUGUACCAUGUAUAUUUAUUAUUUCUACUUAUAUUAAACAGGAAAAAAGUGAUAAUGAAAAAAAUCAUGUAUAAAUGAGAAGUGACUAAUAAUGAUGCCUUGUACAUAGAAAUGUUUUCUUUUGGGACAGGAAGGAAAGGGUUACUGUAUUUUUUUGAACUUUCAGUAAAUAAUUUUCUUAAAUCAUAUGUAACAGAUUGCAAACUUGGAGCCUGGUCCUUUAGACCAGGGUUGGCAACAUUUUUGGGCAGAGUACCAAAAACACCCACAACCUUGAUUUGCAAGAUGUUGGCGUGCGAGGAGCGGACAGCGGGGGAGCCAUGAGGGGCCCCAUCCUUGUUGUGGCAGCACAGCCCCAGCCCCUUCCCUGACAUCCACCCCAAGGCAUGCAUGCCAAGCAAAUUGCUUUUGCAUGCCAAGCUCUUGCAGCCAUGCUGGGGGUUGCCUACCCCUGCUUUAGACACUACCAAAACAAAAUUUUAACUGCAAAUAAUUCCAUUGACUUUUUUGGGACUUCUCAUAACAACAAGCACUUCACUUGGUCACAGAUGUUUGCAGGAUGAGACUUUUUGAGAUAAUCCCUAAGUGACAGUCAUUUGGGGUUUUUUUCUAUGAAGGGAGAAAAUUUCUAAUUAUGUUCUACAUUGGAAAUCUCUACUGUAUAUUGCUGCAUAUGGUGCUUAAAAUGCAAAUGACCACAAACAAUAUAAUAGUUUAUGUUUAGGUGCUUCUUAGGUAGUCACUUCAUUAUAAGUAUUCUUAAUAUGUCUCCUUAUAUUAAUCUGCAGUACAUAGUGAAGAUCCAAAAGCUGCUUAUGAUACUAUCCGCUGCAUUUAUCAAAGGGAUAACAACAGUGUGGCUGGGCCUUGUUUCCCAAAUCUUGCGUAUUUCAUGAGAGUCCUGUUCAUUAUUUAUCAGUACUAAAAAUGUAAUGAUUCAUUAUUGUGCGAGUCUUAAAGUACACAUUAAACAUCUGAAAAGUGCUGCUAUCUGCAUAUGUGCAGCUUUUCUAAAAAUUAAAACAUUUAGGAAUUGCAGUCUUUUGAUCAAUCUGUGCCAUUUUAACUACUGAUUCGUAGUAUACAUAGACAUCCCAUUGUUGUUCAAAUAGGAAUACGAGACAGUUAAUUGUCUAAACACAGAAAUUAUUGAAUUCUAAUCCUGUUUCCGAUCUACUACCUCGGUGUCUUUGGCAAGGGACUUAACUUCUCUUUCCACUUUGCCUCUCUCUAAAGAGGAGGUGGUAAUACUUAUCCACCAGUCUCACAAGGGUGCUGAAAGAUUCAUUAGUUUGUGUUUGUUCAGUAUUUUGGAGAUGAAAAGUGCUCUUUGAGUGCUAGGUGUUAUCAUGGCUCAUUUUCAUUUUGAUGGGUCAAUGCCCUAUUUUAGGAAAACUUUCUGAUGAAGCAAUGUGAAAAGUGGGGCCCAGUGAGUAUGCUGCAGGCUGUAGCUGAACUUUUAUACUUAGAUAAAGCAUUCUUUGUGUUGGAUCAUGAUUGGCUCUGGCCAGAUUGGUUGAACAGAGGAGGCCUGGGCUUUCAAAAGGUGAGGCCAUUUAAUAUGCACAGCUUAAGAGUUUAUACAAUAAAGUAUACCCACUUCAGCUUGAUUGAUGAAUCCUGCUGACAAAGGAAUCUAUGCUUGUCAUAUAUAAUAAGUUUUUUGUAGCACACUGCACCCUCUUGACAGGCCAGUUUAAAAGAAACAUGAGCAUAGUAAAUGAAUAUCUGUGUUUAUGAAAGGUAUAUUCAGAAAAUGUCACGAAGUAUCAAGAUAAUGUUAAUCUUCUAAUAAAAUUUUGAUCUUGUAUAAAA